UUUAAAAAAAAAAGAAUACAAAAAAAUAGCAGGACGCGAUUUAAAAAAUGUUUGAGCGCAAUUUGACCUUAGUAGAAAAUACGUGCAUUAUAUCUUUUUUUGACAUUAUCUAGUACUUUUCCUAACGUAUUUUUUGUCGUUGACAAAAGACGGCGCUACAAUCGCGAGGAAAAUAAUAAGUACCAUCUGAUACUCAAUUUACUAGACUGGUAUCACUUUCGAGAACACUGAGAUUCAAUCGAUUAUCCAAAAUGUCAAUUUUCAAACAAUUGUAAUAUAAAAGUGAUACAUACAAUAUAUCAAACUAUUGAGAAAUCAUCUUUUGAUCAUCUCGAGAUAGAUCUGCUAGAUAUUAUUUAAGAAAAGAAAAAGUAAGUAAAUGGGAGUAAUAUUUUGACAUUUGCGACUGCACGUACAUUUAAAUACACUAUAAUAUUUAUGCUGUGUGAUUGCACGUUAGUGCUGGAUGCAGCCUCUAUUAAAGAUAGGUUUUUGACAACCGGUUGUUCGAGACUGGAUGCAAAACUCGGGGGCGGCAUACCUUGCAGGGGUAUCACACAGCUUUAUGGUGCUGCCGGUACUGGGAAGACACAGUUGGCUCUACAGUUGUGUCUCACCGUCCAACUGCCGAUAACCGCUGGUGGUCUCGGAGCUGGUGCCAUAUACAUUUGCACAGAAACUGCUUUUCCUUCAAAACGGUUGCAACAAUUGCUGACGAAAUCAGAGAUAGCCAAAACUCAUUCUGUGAAUGGAGAUGUGAUACUUGUGGGCCAUAUAGCUACCAGUGAAGAGUUGGUACUGUGCCUACAACGCAGAGUUCCAGUGCUGAUGAAUACUCGUAAAAUAGGAUUGUUAAUUAUCGAUUCGAUAGCUGCCCCUUAUAGAGCAGAGGAUUGGAAUGAUGCGGAACAAUGCAGAACUAAGAGGAGCAUCGGAAGGCAGUUACAUGAACUUUGUAAAAAUGAUAAUUUGUGUGUAAUCUGCAUUAAUCAGGUUUCUGCAGUUAUAGAUGAUCAUAGACUUAUUUCUGAAGGUACAAAUGAGCAGCCAGCUUUAGGAUUAGCAUGGUCGAGUAUGAUAACCACCUCUAUAUAUUUCUACAGAAGACUGUCUUCGCGAUACGCUUGCGUAAUGCUUGCUUCACAUUUGCCGAGGAUUACUUUUCAGUUUGAGGUGGAAGAAUCUGGUGUCAAGGCAGUUGAAUAAAAUCUAUGUUAUACAAAACAAAAACAUCUUUAUUCCACAAGUUUGUAUAUAUCGCGAAAUAUAUUUUCGUCCAAGA